AUGCUGAGUGAUGAUGAAUCAGAGAAUGAUCCGGAAUUACGUGAACCACAGGUGAAACGACGACGUCUUCAUAAUAGUGAUAAGGAGUAUGAGGAAAGGAAUGAAUUAGAAAAAGGAAGCAACGAAGAUAUCAUACCAUUUGCUGAAGAGGAAUACGAAAGCAUUGAUUGUAAAACGAUGCUACAAACUGAGAAGGAAUAUUCAUGGAAUACUGAAGAGGAAAAGAAAUUGAAUGAAUCAACAUGUUUAACAAUAACAGCAACAACAACAACAACAACAACAACAACGACAACAGCAAUCAAUAAUAAUAGCUGUACCAUAACGAAUCAUCAUUCUGAUAUUGAGAAUUCCUGGAAUGAUAAGACAAAUAAUUUCCAAGGAAUGAAUUCUCAUUUAACUUGGCUUCCACCAACAAAUGUUGACGAACAACGACGACAACGAAUUCAACAUUCACCGGUGAAAAGUUUCUACAAGACAGUACCACUGGAUGAAACAGGGGCCACAGAUACGGAAGUACCACGGGUAUCGAUGUCAAGUUGGCCUACUGGAAAUUUAGGUUCUCCAACAGAUAUGCAUGUGCUUACCGAUUCCUUAAUUGUGAAUACGGAAGAGGAACCUGAAAUGGAUUCUAAUGAUGACAUUAAG